AUGGAGAAAACCCUAGACCAAAUUUCUUCAGAACUAAUAAAUUCUGGGGUCACUGGUUGCAUAUUUUUAGAUCACCAUGGGCUAUGUGUAGGAAUGAAAGGAAAUGCCAGAGCAGAGAGGGCUGGUAUAAUUUCAGCAAUAGCUGAAGAAGCUUCCAAGAUUGAACCACAACAAAAAGCACCUUUCAUUCAUUUUGAAAAUGACAAUUCCUCUUGUACCAUCUACCAAACUGGAACUGUGACCAGUGCCAUUUUCCAGGAUUCCACACCUAAUGAUAAUUAA